UUAACCGAUUCGAAAUGGCUUCUUGGCUGACGCUCGCAAUGCUUCUCUCCAUGGCCGCUUAUGCGCUGCCAUCAGCCACGGCAACAAACUUCGUUGUUGGUGAUGACGCUGGAUGGAAGCCAGACUUCAACUACACCGCUUGGGCUCGCACAAAGGAAUUCAGGGUUGGCGACAAGCUCGUAUUCAAGUACGCCGCAGGGUUUCACAAUGUGAUCCCAGUGAGUGGAGAAGAGUUCAAGGCGUGCCAACCAAAUGGAGGAAACAGAGUGCUGAGGAGUGGCAGGGAUGUGGUGCUUCUCAAAACACCUGGAAGGAAAUGGUACCUGUGUGGAGUUGCAGGUCAUUGCGAACUAGGCCAGAAACUUCUCGUCAUGGUUCUUCCAGCUCCGACGUCGCCGCCGGCGCCGUCUCCUGAUCCGUACAGUCCUCCACAAUUUGCCUCGCCUGCUCCUUCACCGUCGUGUUGACUUAAUUCGAUCAAUAUGCUUAAGACAAAUUUUAAUUUCAAUUCCAGUGUCUACGUAUAUACGCUGGUCUAAUUAAAUAAAUUGUUUGGUUUUGUUAUUUUGAGUGGUUUAACUUG